AUGAAAUAUUUGAUUGCCUGCUCACUCAUAGUGGCGUUCUUCGCGGCCAGCUAUGCAGAAGUCCCAUCUGCCAGCGACGUGAAGAAAAUUGUUGACAAGCACAAUCUCUUGAGAAAGAAGGAAGGCUCGUCUAAAAUGCUUCCCAUAAAAUGGAGCAGCAAGUUGGCAAACUACGCUUCGGCAUGGGCUCAGAACUGUGCGUUCGAACAUGGUCAACCAGCAGAAGCCCAAAAUGAAGACGACAUUGGGCAAAAUCUUUACGCGUCAUCAACCUCUAAUGUUGAUUAUGAAUCUGCAAUCCAAAACUGGUAUGAUGAAAAACCUGACUACAGCUACGACAGUAAUUCUUGUCGUAGCGGUAAAAUGUGUGGACACUACACACAGGUAGUUUGGGCUACCACCACUGAAGUAGGAUGUGCAGUUCAGAUGUGUAACAAAGGGAUUGAAGGAUUGCCGUGGCCAAGAGGACACAUAAUCGUUUGCAACUAUUUGCCCCCAGGGAACUGGGAAGGUGAGAAACCCUACUAG